CAGGACACAUUCACACAGUUCGUACAACCCACACCUGGCUACUGAUUCAAUCCACCCCCUUCAGGUCUUAUUAACCCUUUUUGCCAUGGCAGCUUGGACAGGGAAGUGCAAAGACGAGCAGAAUUCACAACAGAAAUAUGGUAAAGAAUUGAAGAUCACACACAGUACAGUUUCCCAAAGCAGACGGAUGAGAUGAGAGAGAAAGAAUACUUUAAAGUAUAGAAAGUAGAGAGAGAAAGAGAAAGAGAUAGUGUAUGGUGGGUAUGUAGGAAAAAAAAGAAAGAGAAAGAUGAAAAGGGGAGAAAAAAGUAGAGAAGGGCCAGCAGAAAAGCAAGAAAAUUUGGGGGAAAAGUUGAGGAGAGGGGUUUUAGUGGUGGGGAAAAGAGGGGGACAACACACUCCAGUACUACCCCCAUGGAGACUAUUACUAGCUCCUCCUCCUGCUGGUGGUGGUGGUGGUGGUGGUGAUGCGCAAGAUAGCAGCUUUAUUGAAGUUCCUCCUCCGCCACCUUCUUUAGUCUCUGCUAGAAAGCUUGCUGCCACUCUCUGGGAACUCCACCACUACCGCUUUCCCCUCUCUAAAAUGCACCACGGCGUCCCUGUUCCGCCUCCUAGGCUCCGCCGCCUUCACCACCACCACCACCAACACAAGGGUCUUGACCUUACCGAUCCUUCACCCAGUUCCCCUGACCUGCCAGGGAGUGCGAGCGGUUUGAGGAGACAUGUUGCUGCAUCGCUGAUGCAACAUCAUCGAUCAAUUGAAAGAAACAAUCAUGCUAUACAACCUGUGUCUCCUUCAAGUUAUGGUAGUUCCAUGGAGGUGGCUCCCUAUAACCCUGCCGUCACGCCUACCAGUUCUUUGGGCUUAAAAGGAAGGAUCGGAGAGACAAGCUAUAGCCUCAAAACAUCGACAGAACUGCUAAAAGUAUUGAAUCGAAUCUGGAGCCUGGAAGAGCAGCACACAUCGAAUGUGUUGCUGGUGAAAGCAUUGAAAAAGGAGCUUGACCAUGCUCGUGUCAAGAUCAAAGAGUUGGUCAGAGAUCAGCAAGCCGAUAGGCACGAGAUAGAGGACUUGAGGAAUCAGAUCUCAGAAGAUAAGCUAGUUAGGAAGAGCAGGGAACACGAUCGGAUUAGUGCAGCCAUUCAAUCCGCAAGGGAUGAACUAGAAGAUGAGAGGAAGUUAAGGAAACGCUCAGAGGGCCUUCACAAGAAGUUGGCUCGGGAGCUUUCCGAGGUAAAAACGUCUCUUGCUAAUGCUUUGAAAGAGCUAGAACGGGAGAGAAAAUCACGAAAGCUUUUGGAAGACCUUUGCGAUGAGUUUGCUUUGGGAAUUAGGGAUUUUGAACAAGAGCUGCAUGUUUUGAAACAGAAAACCGACAAGGAUUGGGUUGACGGAGCCAAUUGUGAUCGGUUAUUUCUCCAUAUUUCUGAAUCAUGGCUCGACGAACGGAUGCAGACGCAAGUGGGAGAAGAAAAGAACUCAGUAGCGGAUAAGUUAAGCUCUGAAAUAGAGAACUUUCUUCAAGCUCGACGAAAUGGUCAUUUGAAAAGUAAUGAUAAUUUGGUGCAAAAGGGUUCAAACUUUCGCCGGAGUUCUCUCGAAUCCAUUCCUUUGAAUGCGGUUGUUAGUGCUCCUCGAGAUGUGGGUGAUGAUGAGGAUUCUGCAGGCAGCGAUUCACACUGUUUUGAGCUAAACAAACCGAGUUCAGGUGGCUUAAAACCACGUGAAGACGACCCUGAAGAAAACAACACGUAUGACAGAGCAAAACCAAAUCAUAUGAAUAUAAAUCUUACAUCUCAUGAAAGGGCACAACCAGUUGAAGCAAGCAUUUCUAGGAAGUCUGAAAUUUGUGAAGUUCCAGAAGAGGGCAAUUUCAGGGGAAAGAAAAAUGGUGAUGGAAACUAUGGAUCAAAGUCGAAUUAUAUCAUCAACGAUUUAUUAAAUAGUCAAUAUUUGUUGUCAGAAGCUCGGAACAUGCAUCCUGACAACUCUUUAUGGAGACGACACGCUAGUCCAAUAAGACAGUGGACGGCUACACUUCCAUCUCAAGAUGUUGAGAUAUCCGAGUCGUCUUCAAAGUUGCCUCCAGAACUAAAAGAGAAUACUUUGAAGGAAAAACUACUUGAAGCGAGGGCAAAAGGUCAGCGUUCACGCUCGCGUUUAAAAGCUUCCAAAGUUCCCUUUUAGGCUUGUGGAAUCAGUGGCCAAGGCUCGACUUCUAAUGUGGGAUUUUGUGUUUUGUGAAUAUGGCCAAGGUACAAUUUGAAUUUAAAUGUUGCUUUUCUAUUUUCAUUUUAUGUAGUCUUGUAAUCCAAAUGUGUAUAUAAAUUGUAUCGGUAUGGUAUAUCAGAGAUCGAGAACUAUAUGAUUGCUGAGUACACUGGCUUUGCCUUUUCCUGACUCCGCUUUAGCAGGAGUUUCGUUCA